AUGAGUAGCAGCUCGAGAUACGUGAAGCUUGUGGAAUUCGCAGCCCACGCCGGGGACGUGAGAUGCGUGCGAAUUGGGCGCAAGACAGCCGGGGUGCUAGUGACCGGGGGAGAUGACAAGAAGGUUAAUGUUUGGGCGAUUGGCAAGACGACUGCAAGCUUCAGUCUAACCGGUCACCAGUCGUCUGUUGAGAGCGUGUCCUUCGACAAUGAUGAGAUGGUGGUGGCGGCCGGUGGCUCAAAUGGGAGCAUUAAAGUGUUUGAGCUGCAGUCUGGGAGAGUCACCAAGAGUCUGUCGGGGCACAGGAGCAACGUCAUGUGCUUGGCGUGGCAUCCGUACGACUCGACGAUUAUAUCCGGUUCCAUGGAUACCAAUGUGAAGCUAUGGAAUUUGCGUGACAAGGAAGCCAUUAUGACUUUUAAAGGGCACAACGCAGGCGUAACACAUGUACGGUACAGCCCUGAUGGAUAUUGGGUUGCAUCGGCUUCGAGUGACGGUGCUGUGAAGCUGCCGCGACAAACGUGUUCCCUGUCUAAUGGCUUGCAUUUUCCGGCCCCGCUCGCCAUGAUGCGCGCCAUCAAGAUCUGGGAUGUGCGUGGGAACCGUCUGGUGACGGACCUUUGCGCGCCCACGAAAUAUGAAAUCACCGGCCUGGAGUUCUCGCCCACUGAGUACCUCCUGGCUACGUCGGCACGCGAUAAGGUGGUGCGCUUCUGGGACUUGGAAACGUUUACGAACUUCGAGCAGACAGCACCGGAGGCCACGCCCGUCCGCAACAUUGCUUUCCACAGCGACGGCAAGUACAUCUUCAGCGCUGUCCAGGACGGCUGCAAGGUGUGGUCGGUGGAACCAGCAGUGCAGCACGAUUAUGUAGACGUGCCGUGGUACCGCGUGUCGGAUUUGACGGUCAACACGCACCGGGGCUCGCAGCGCCUCAUAGGCUGCUCAUUCAAUUCGACAAUGGUGGGUCUCUUCUACAUUACCCUGCGUAACGUACGACCCUUCAACGAGGACCCCGAUUUCAUGGCGCGCGAGCAGCAGGCCGCAAGCGUAGACGGGAACCCGUACUCUGGUGUGGGCGCGUCACGCAGCAACCUGGCGGCUGUUGCAGCAGCCGCGCAGCUUCCUCCGGAGGGCGCUAUGCGCAGAGUUAACCUGUCCGACAGCGCAGCGUCAGCGGCGCAGAACGGUGGUGGGAGGCCGUCCAGCGGGGGAAUCGGGAUGGGCCAGCAGCCAGGCAGCAGCAGCCGGGCACAUGAUCGGGGCGCCGGGUCUAGCAGCGCCGGACGGUUGCAUUCGUCGGGGCAAGCAGCGCCAGCGCAGCCGUUGCUGCCUCCCGUUAGUUUGUAUGGGCCCACGGGGUCUUCGGGCUCGGGAAGCAAUCGCUAUUCGGGCGUGUCAGCAGCAGCGGCCAGCCAGGACUUCGCUGGACCAGGCGACAGCGGUGCAUUGGAUCAGGGUUUGGCGGCCCGCGCCGCAUCCGGCCAGGCGGCAGGCGUGCGGCCACCUAUGGUUUCUGUGGGGGUCGGGGUAGGCGACAGCCUCAUGCGAGGGCAGUUGGAGUCUGCGCCAGAGCUGGCACGCGUGCAGCAGCAGCAGCAACCCCCGCGGCAACGGCCAUACAAUGACCGGCAAGCACGGGAUUCUCCAGCGGAUAUACCCCAGUAUCCGCGGAUGCAUCAGCCGCAGCCGCGCAUGGAGUCGCCGCCAGAUCCCCGUAGCGGUGCGGACCAACGGUACUCGUGGCAGACUGGUGCGGCGCAAGGCGGGCCGGCGGCAGGGCAUUCUGGCAUGGACCGCCGCGGAGGCGGCGGUUACAAUGACAACGGGGCCGGGGGCGCACAGUACGCCAGCGCGGUGCCAUCAGACUUGGAAGCCGCGGGGGCGCUGCAGAGCAAGCAUGCCAUGUUUUCUUCGGCGAUGAAAAAGCGCGCCCACGCGCUCUCGCUCGUCAGAAACUUCGUGGCUAAGGCCGACUGGCGAGGCGCCAUCAGCUGUGCGCGCCGGUGUGAUGAAAACGCUGUCUUUGCGGAUUUACUUGCGGCCAUGUACGAGCGGCGGGAUGCCUUCAACUUGGACUUAGUUGGUGAGGUGGUUUCGGUGGUGGAGACCGUGUUGUCCCUGCCUUCGGACCGGCAGGUGCAGGUAGGCCUAGACGUUAUCACGCUGCACGUGCGCUUCUUCGGACCCAUUAUUCGGGAGCUCUGUUCGCCGGCUGCGCGGGGCGUGGGCAUUGACUUGAGCUUUGAGGAGCGGCGGGAGCGCGCCAACAAAGCCAAGCUGUCGCUCCAGAACCUUGUCCCCCGACUCAACAAGCUGGGGAAGCAAAGCGAAAGCCUUGGAUUUCGUGCGCAGGAACUGGCAUCGCAGCUGGCCCAGCUGUAG